CUUCUAGCCACCACCUCAUACCACCAGCCACCUCUACGCACCCAGCUCACAAGCGAGUCGCACAAAAGCCAUUCCUCAUUCGCGAAUUCGCAACCUUUAACGCAAACAACACCAUCGAAAAAGGUUAAAAAAAAAGCCUACCAAAAGCAGCAAUCAUGUCGGACUGGGAUGCAGUGACCGUCAUUGGCUCCAAGAGCCGUCCUGGUGGAGGCGCGGGAAAGCAGGGUCCUACCGCCAUCGAGCGCGGAAAGGCUGUGGGCGCCAUCACGGAGAAUGACCGGAAAGUCACAUCGGGCACGAACAAGGGCCACAGCGGGCCGGACCACGCCCACCUCGCCAAGCUCGACCGAGAGGACGCACCCACGGCGCCGCCCAAGGUGGCACCCACGGUCGGCAAGGCCAUCGGCCAGGCUCGCCAGGACAAGGGGUGGACGCAAAAAGAUCUGGGCACGCGCAUCAACGAGAAGCCCCAGGUGGUGGCUGAAUUCGAGAGCGGAAAGGCCCAGCCGAACCCGCAGAUUCUCUCAAAGAUGGAGCGCGCGCUCGGGGUCAAGCUUCGAGGAAAGGAGAUUGGCCAGCCCCUGGGUGGACCUAAGAAGAAGUAGAGAAGAAUAACAGGUCCCGAAAGUAAUGCAGUUUUCCACUACCUAGACGAGAAUUACUAUAUACAGCCCUAGAGGAGCGGCUACCGUUCACUUCCACUGCCUCACUCA